AUGGAUGAAUCAACUUUAUGUGGAGAGGAGCACCGAGGAAGAUCCUCCGAAGGGCAGGGGCGGCUGAAGAGCAUCCAAAACACGACCAAGAAACACCGAUGGUGGUCCUCUGAAAACUUGCAAUACAUACCACUAGAAGACUCAGACGAAAAGGGAGAUGCAGGAGAUGCAUGGGCGCUAGAGUUGAGAAGAAGCAAAGCCUCACUUUGGAAAUGGCGUUCUGCCACAGCACUGCUCCUAUUAGCCUUAAUCCUAUCCUGGCUCCCGCUCUCAACUUCGAAAUUAAGUCGACAAGACUACCCCCAACCAGAAGAAGGCGAAGACAACGUCCUGAAGUGGAUGAAAGAAGCCGAAGUCGCCGAAGGACACUUCUGGUGCGGAAACUCGACCAUCGAAGCCAAACGCCGAGGUUGCGCCUUCAACAAGCUGCACAACAGAUGGAUGCCCCCAGCCUGCACACAAGAUUUCGAACACGCCCGACAAGCCGUAUUUGAAGCCCUGAGCGGCGGCAAGGAGGAGCCAACGUUUCAGUUCUACAGGGACGACGACGGCAAACCGGGGGCUGAGAUUUCCGACGAAGAGCUGGAUGAGUUUGAGAUCUUGACGCCGGCUUGGACGACUGUUGGACAUCACAUGACGCACUGCAUGUAUCUUUUGCUGCAGGCUGCUGCGGCGCUGAAUUUGGGGACAAAGGCGGAUAUGGUUGUUCACGCGUGGGAGCAUGCGAAGCAUUGCGCCAUGGUUGUGUUGAAUGAGACGAAGAGGGCACCGGCUUGGAAUGAUGUCAAGAGUUUUGGGCAUACGCAGUCUGGUGUCCCCUCAAUCUCAUUCCCGUCACCAGCCAGCAGGCGCCCGUCUAGGUCGACGGGUCAGGUCAAACUGGCUGGGCUUAGCGAGUCCCCGAGUUCGAAUCCCAGUAUGAGCACCAAAUUUCCCAGCAUGAGCACCAAGAGAUGUAGCCCCCAGCUCAGCACCGGGGGGUCGUCCAGUAUGAAUAUUCAGCUAGUGGACUCCGAUAUCAAGCUGACUUCGUUUCUAGAAAGGCCGCGGCCGUAG